AUGUUUAGGACGGCUGUAAGAGUGACAUCUGAUGUCCAGGAGCAGAUGGAUGCGGUUAACCUAGCGGAGCUGAUCGCAACUUCUAACGGUUACAUUGCUAAUGUACCUCGGAGACCCAGUCUUAUUGCGCAGCGAGAUUAUGCCAAAGUGGAUAAAUUGAAAAAGACCAAUUUCUACUUAGCUUUCAUAACCGACGACCUGAGCAAGGCGAUAAGGGCCAGUCAGAACAUCACCGUAUUGGCUUGCGUCUCCGAAACAGAACAAAAAAGAAAAACAAAAACAAAACAAAUUUGGCACUUUCUAAUCUUAACUUGGGCGAAACUCUUUGAACCAACGGUGCACUAUGGCACAUUCGAAAGCAUUUCCACCACCCCACGCCUUGAUUAA